GUAUUUUCGCCUGUCAUUUGUCGAAUGUGGAAGAUUUUUUCUUCGUAUUCGGUGGUCAGCAGUAAAUUAAUUUUAACUGUGUACAAUAAAGAAAAAAAAAAACUUUAAACAAUCGAAUCGAAUUGUUCCAAUAAUUGUGACUAAUUUGCUUCAACGCAACGAAAAAGAAUAGAAAAUUAAUUUAUAUAUGUAAAGAAAAAUCGAAAAGCUGUACAUUUAUUAAAAAAUAAGAAGAAAGACAGCAUUAAUAAAAUUUCACAAAAAUUAAAAAAAAAAAAUCCAUCGAUUUGUGCACCAAGAGAGCAGCAUUUCACUCUUUUUAGCAGCAGCUCAUUAUCUUCGUAUAUAUGUAAAAAAUAAAAUCCAUUGAAAAAAUUUGUGUAAAAGUAUCGACUCGACUCGACAUAACCGGAAAGUGAGUAGUGGGUUAAAGUUAUUUAAAGAGAAAAGAAAUAAAGGUUAAAAUAAUAAGAAACGUGAAAAAGAAAGAAAAAAAAAUUAACUAAUCAACGAAGAAACAUCAUCCAAAAUGACGCAAGUUCUGCCCAUACGCUUUCAGGAGCACUUACAGCUCACAAAUGUCGGCAUCAACAUCAAUUCUAUAUCAUUCAGUACUCUUACCAUGGAGUCUGAUAAAUUUAUUUGCGUGCGGGAAAAGGUCAAUGAAACUGCACAAGUUGUUAUUAUCGACAUGAACGACUCGAGCAAUCCAACGCGUCGUCCAAUUUCUGCCGAUUCAGCUAUCAUGAAUCCAGCCAGUAAAGUUAUUGCACUUAAAGCGCAAAAAACUUUACAAAUUUUCAAUAUUGAGAUGAAAUCAAAAAUGAAAGCUCAUACAAUGACUGAAGAUGUUGUCUUCUGGAAAUGGAUUUCCUUGAACACAUUGGCUUUGGUUACAGAAACAUCAGUAUACCAUUGGUCAAUGGAAGGUGAUUCAACACCAGUUAAGAUGUUCGAUAGACAUUCCUCAUUGAAUGGUUGUCAAAUCAUCAAUUACCGCUGUAAUCCAUCACAACAAUGGCUUCUUUUAGUUGGAAUAUCUGCAUUACAACAUCGUGUUGCUGGUGCAAUGCAAUUGUAUUCUGUAGAACGUAAAGUUUCUCAAGCUAUCGAAGGUCAUGCUGCUUCAUUUGCCAGCUUCAAAAUGGAAGGCAAUAAGGAACCAUCAACACUGUUUUGUUUCGCUGUGCGUUCAGCUCAAGGUGGUAAAUUGCAUAUUAUUGAAGUUGGUACUCCACCAGCAGGUAAUCAACCUUUCCCUAAGAAGUCCGUUGAUGUAUUCUUCCCACCGGAAGCUCAAAGCGACUUCCCAGUGGCAAUGCAAGUUUCCGCAAAAUACGAUACUAUCUAUUUGAUUACCAAAUAUGGUUAUAUCCAUCUGUAUGAUAUGGAAACGGCUACAUGCAUCUACAUGAAUCGUAUAUCAGCCGAUACGAUCUUUGUUACAGCCCCGCAUGAAGCCAGUGGCGGAAUUAUUGGUGUUAACCGCAAGGGACAGGUGCUCUCGGUGACUGUUGAUGAUGAGCAAAUCAUUCCAUAUAUUAAUACUGUAUUGCAAAAUCCUGAUUUGGCACUUCGAAUGGCAGUAAGAAAUAAUUUGUCUGGAGCAGAAGAUCUUUUUGUCAGGAAGUUCAACAAACUCUUCACUGGAGGCCAGUAUGCUGAGGCGGCUAAAGUAGCUGCUUUAGCUCCAAAGGGUAUUCUGCGAACACCUCAAACUAUUCAACGUUUCCAACAAGUUCAGACACCGGCUGGUUCAACAACACCACCACUUUUGCAGUAUUUCGGAAUUCUUUUAGAUCAAGGAAAGCUUAACAAGUACGAAUCUUUGGAGUUGUGCCGCCCAGUUUUGGUGCAGGGUAAAAAGCAACUUUGUGAAAAAUGGUUGAAAGAAGAAAAACUGGAAUGCAGUGAAGAACUUGGUGACUUGGUAAAGAAUUCUGAUCUGACUUUGGCUCUAUCGAUUUACUUGCGCGCCAACGUUCCUAAUAAGGUUAUUCAGUGUUUCGCAGAGAGUGGACAGUUCCAGAAGAUUGUUCUGUAUGCAAAGAAGGUCAAUUACACUCCUGAUUACAUUUUCUUAUUGCGUUCAGUGAUGCGUAGCAAUCCAGACCAAGGACCUGGUUUUGCCUCAAUGUUGGUGGGAGAAGAAGAACCGCUGGCGGACAUUAACCAGAUUGUAGAUAUCUUCAUGGAACAUUCGAUGGUGCAACAAUGUACCGCUUUUCUGUUGGACGCUCUUAAGCACAACCGUCCGAACGAAGGUCCUUUGCAAACCAGGCUCUUAGAAAUGAAUUUGUUGUCAGCUCCCCAGGUUGCCGAUGCUAUUCUUGGCAACGCUAUGUUCACUCAUUACGACCGAGCCCACAUUGCCCAACUCUGUGAGAAGGCAGGUUUACUGCAACGUGCUCUGGAACAUUAUACCGAUCUUUAUGACAUCAAACGUGCUGUUGUCCAUACUCUUCUCUUGAACGCUGACUGGCUUGUAGGAUUUUUCGGAACUCUAUCCGUCGAGGACUCUCUAGAGUGCCUCAAGGCUAUGUUGACUGCUAACAUCAGACAGAAUUUGCAAAUCUGUGUCCAGAUCGCUACGAAGUAUCAUGAACAAUUGACAACUAAGGCAUUGAUUGACCUCUUUGAAAGCUUCAAGAGCUACGAGGGUCUAUUUUAUUUCCUCGGUUCAAUUGUAAACUUCAGUCAAGAUCCAGAAGUUCAUUUCAAGUAUAUCCAAGCGGCCUGUAAAACCACCCAGAUCAAGGAAGUUGAGAGAAUUUGUCGUGAAUCGAAUUGUUACAAUCCGGAACGUGUAAAGAACUUCCUCAAAGAGGCAAAGCUCACCGAUCAACUACCAUUGAUCAUCGUUUGUGAUCGUUUUGACUUCGUCCAUGAUUUAGUCUUGUAUUUGUAUCGUAAUAACUUGCAAAAGUACAUUGAGAUCUACGUGCAGAAGGUUAACCCAUCGAGAUUGCCUGUGGUCGUAGGAGGACUUCUUGACGUUGAUUGCUCAGAGGAUAUCAUCAAAAAUUUGAUUUUGGUGGUGAAAGGACAGUUCUCAACUGACGAACUUGUCGAGGAAGUUGAGAAACGUAAUCGCCUAAAGUUACUCCUUCCAUGGUUGGAGUCUCGUGUUCAUGAAGGAUGUGUUGAAGCUGCUACCCAUAACGCUUUGGCUAAGAUUUACAUUGAUUCAAACAACAAUCCUGAAAGGUUCCUCAAAGAAAAUCAAUAUUACGAUAGCCGUGUUGUUGGACGUUAUUGUGAGAAGCGUGAUCCUCACCUCGCUUGCGUAGCCUACGAACGUGGACAGUGCGAUCGUGAAUUGAUCGCUGUGUGCAAUGAGAACUCUCUCUUCAAGAGUGAAGCUCGCUAUUUGGUACGUCGCAGAGAUCCAGAACUUUGGGCCGAAGUGCUUGCUGAAGCUAACCCCUACAAGCGUCAACUUAUCGACCAAGUUGUUCAGACUGCUCUCUCAGAGACUCAAGAUCCUGAUGAUAUUUCUGUUACUGUUAAGGCAUUCAUGACAGCCGAUUUGCCCAAUGAACUGAUUGAACUACUCGAAAAAAUUGUUCUUGAUUCAAGUGUCUUCUCUGAUCAUCGUAACUUGCAAAAUCUGCUCAUCCUAACGGCGAUCAAGGCCGACCGUACGAGGGUUAUGGACUACAUCAAUCGUCUAGAUAACUAUGAUGCUCCCGAUAUUGCCAACAUUGCCAUCUCUAACCAGUUGUAUGAGGAAGCUUUUGCUAUCUUCAAGAAGUUUGAUGUAAACACAUCUGCUAUUCAAGUGUUGAUUGAGCAAGUUAACAACUUGGAACGAGCCUAUGAAUUCGCUGAAAGAUGCAAUGAGCCCGCUGUGUGGUCCCAACUUGCUAAGGCCCAACUCCAACAGGGAUUGGUUAAGGAAGCAAUUGACAGUUACAUUAAAGCCGAUGAUCCAAGUGCAUAUAUGGACGUUGUUGAGACUGCUUCAAGUGUUCAAUCUUGGGAUGACUUGGUUCGCUAUCUUCAGAUGGCACGCAAGAAGGCACGCGAAAGCUACAUUGAGAGCGAACUCAUUUAUGCCUAUGCCCGAACUGGUCGUUUGGCUGAUCUUGAAGAAUUCAUUUCGGGGCCAAACCAUGCCGACAUUCAGAAAAUCGGCGACCGUUGUUUCUCCGAUGGAAUGUAUGAUGCUGCUAAGCUGCUGUAUAACAAUGUUAGCAAUUUUGCUCGUUUGGCUAUCACAUUGGUGUAUCUCAAGGAGUUCCAAGGUGCUGUUGACAGUGCACGCAAGGCAAACUCCACUCGUACUUGGAAGGAAGUUUGUUUUGCCUGCGUUGAUGCUGAAGAAUUCCGCUUGGCACAAAUGUGUGGCCUCCAUAUUGUUGUUCAUGCUGAUGAACUUGAAGAUCUCAUCAACUACUAUCAAGAUCGUGGAUAUUUUGAUGAGUUGAUUGCUUUGCUCGAGUCUGCUUUGGGUCUCGAACGUGCCCAUAUGGGUAUGUUCACCGAACUUGCCAUUUUAUAUUCCAAGUUCAAACCAUCGAAAAUGCGUGAACACUUGGAACUUUUCUGGUCACGUGUAAAUAUCCCGAAAGUAUUACGUGCCGCCGAAUCAGCACACUUGUGGUCUGAGUUGGUGUUCCUCUAUGAUAAGUAUGAGGAGUAUGACAACGCUGUGCUAGCGAUGAUGGCUCAUCCAACAGAAGCAUGGCGUGAAGGACACUUCAAAGACAUUAUCACAAAGGUGGCCAACAUUGAAUUGUAUUACAAGGCAAUUCAGUUUUAUCUAGACUACAAACCAUUGUUGUUGAACGACAUGUUGCUGGUAUUGGCUCCACGAAUGGAUCACACAAGAGCUGUUAGCUUCUUUUCAAAAACGGGACAUUUGCAACUCGUUAAACCAUAUUUGCGUUCAGUCCAGAGUCUCAAUAACAAAGCUAUUAAUGAAGCUUUGAAUGGUCUGUUAAUCGAAGAAGAGGAUUACCAAGGACUGAGAAAUUCGAUAGACGGAUUUGAUAAUUUCGAUACUAUUGCACUAGCGCAGAAACUUGAAAAACACGAACUUACAGAAUUUAGACGAAUUGCCGCGUAUUUGUAUAAGGGAAAUAAUCGCUGGAAACAAAGUGUGGAAUUAUGCAAGAAAGACAAACUUUUCAAGGAUGCAAUGGAAUAUGCCGCUGAAUCUGGCAAACAAGAGAUUGCCGAAGAGUUGCUCGGCUGGUUCCUGGAACGUAAUGCUUUUGAUUGCUUCGCUGCUUGUUUAUUCCAGUGUUACGACCUCCUCCGACCGGAUGUUAUUCUCGAACUGGCCUGGAAACACAACAUAAUGGACUUUGCAAUGCCAUACCUAAUUCAAGUCAUCCGUGAAUAUACCACAAAAGUGGACAAACUCGAACAGACCGAAGCCCAACGGGAAAAAGAAGACGAAACUGUUGAACACAAGAAUAUUAUUACAAUGGAACCACAAUUAAUGAUAACAGCUGGUCCUGGAAUGGGAAUUCCUCCUCAAUAUGCCCAAAAUUAUGCACCUGGAUAUGCGCCAAAUAUGUCAUACCAGGGAUAUGGAAUGUAUAAAUAAGUUUAAGGAGCUUAAAAAUACACGCUGUAGCUCGCGAGUAAAUAAAUGUUGUAAUUAAUUUAUCAUUGAGAACAUCUGCGAACAUCCCAACUAUAAAGUAGUUUACUUUCUGUGUAACAAACAAACAGAUGCCGUUUUUCGAAAAAAAAAUAUAAAAAUAAAUAACUAGCAAAUCUAAUUUACCAUCAAACUAAAAAUAAAUAUAUAUUUAAAAAAAAAGCAUAAGAAGAAUUGUUAAACAGUUAAAUUCUUUCAUUUUCGCUUACUAUUAUAUUAUUCUUUAUUUCUUUUUAUAUAAUAUAAUUAUAUCAAUAUAAAUACAUUAAACCUAUGUUAUAUUAUAAAU